ACAGGAGAAAGCAGAGGAACUCUAGCAGCUCUGAAAUGAUGGCAUGCGAGAGAUAUGACGUCCCCAUGGCUUCAGAAAAUUUGUGGGAGACGGACAGUGAUGUUUAUUCAGAUUCUGAUGAGAUGGACUGUUCAGAUCCGCUUGCAAUGAGCUACAGAUGUGACAUGCAUGAAGGCAUCAGGCUGGAGAUGUGGACUCCGCAUCCCAAAAUGAAGCAGUUGGUGAACGUCAUCAUCGCCCUGAACAGAAUGAAGCACAUCAAACCCCAAUCCACAGAGUUUGGAGAAAAAGAGGUGCUGGACAUGCUCAUGGCGAACGUCAUCCAAGAGCGUGGCGUGAAUGUGGUGGAUUCGGUGCCGUCUUACACUAAAACCAAAAACGUCCUGCAAUGCACGAUUUGCGAUCAGUAUAAGAAGUCUCUGGUGCGCAGUGGCGGAUCUCCACAUUUGCAGGCCGUCACGCUGAGAGCCGGAAGCGCCGACUUAAAAGUGCGCUUCAGCAUGUCCACGUACGCGUCACCCAGUGCUCCGUCUACUUCUGCUCAGCCUGUGUGUUUGGGAAUCUCCAAAAGUAACCUGUACCUGGCCUGCAGCCCAUCCGAAGACUCCACUCCACAUCUCGUACUCAAGGAGAUCAGGGGGUCUCUGGAGACCAUUAAAGCUGGAGAUCCAAAUGGAUAUGACCAGCUGCUGUUCUUCAGGAAGGAGACCGGCAUCUCCAUAAACACCUUCGAGUCUGUCAAAUAUCCCGGAUGGUUUAUCAGCACCGCGUUUGAAGAUUCGCAAACGGUGGAGAUGGACAGGAAAGACACCGAGCACAUCAUUAGCUUCGAGCUGCAGGAUCAAGUGCGCAUCUAGAGUCUCAAUACUGCUGUGUUUCCAUCAAAGAUGACGAUCAGAUCAGUGCGCAAAACUGGAGGAUGAAACACAGUGAAUGUGGUGGCUUCUGGAGGAGUGAGACGAGAGCGCAGACAGAUGCUCAAGACAGUUCUGGAGGGAAUAAUAAUAGAAGAAGAAUACUGAAGCACUGUGAUGACGGACUGACAGAGGGAUGAGGACUUUUACAAUCAACACAACAACAUUUCAGAUCUGACACAAUGGAGAGCUGCAAACCAACAUUAAUGACACAAAGACCCUCACACACACAUGUAUAUCUGCAGACCAACAUUAAUGACACAAAGACCCUCACACACACAUUUAUACCUGCAGACCAACAUUAAUGACACAAAGACCCUCACACACACACAUUUAUAUCUGCAGACCAACAUUAAUGACUCAAAGACCCUCACACACACAUUUAUAUCCGCAGACCAACAUUAAUGACACAAAGACCCUCACACACACAUUUAUAUCUGCAGACCAACAUUAAUGACUCAAAGACCCUCACACACACAUUUAUAUCUGAUUAAACCAACAUUAA